GAGGCCCUAGCCGGUCAGGCCAGUAGGAGGAGUGAGACUGUAAAUGUCGGCGGAAGCUGUCGAGAAGCGUUCCUUUGGAGUAGCAGCAGCUGAGGAGCAAUCUGCCGCCCUGAUAGAGCCAGAUGUAGCGCGUGGCCUGGAGAACUUUCCCGUGAGAGUAUGGCCUCUGGGGGCGGGGCCCAGGCCUAAGCCUUUCCAGUAUACUCCUGAUCAUGUAGCUGGGCCUGGAACAGACAUCGACCCCACACAAAUAACCUUUCCUGGGUGUGCUUGCGUCAAAACUCCAUGUCUCCCUGGCACGUGCUCCUGUCUCCGCCAUGAGAAUAACUAUGAUGACAAUCUGUGCCUCAGAGACAUAGGCUUGGAAGCAAACUAUGCCAAACCAGUUUUUGAGUGCAAUGUCCUCUGCCAGUGUGGUGAGCACUGCAGAAACAGGGUGGUCCAGAAUGGUCUACAGUUCCGUCUCCAGGUGUUCCAAACGGGUAAGAAGGGCUGGGGACUACAGACCUUGGAAUCUAUACCCAAGGGAAAAUUCGUCUGUGAGUAUGCUGGGGAGAUUUUAGGAUUCUCUGAAGUACAGAGAAGAAUUCAUCUACAAACAACACAUGACCCAAAUUACAUCAUCGCCAUCAGGGAGCACAUUUAUAAUGGACAGGUCAUGGAAACUUUUGUCGACCCUACCUACAUAGGAAAUAUUGGAAGAUUCCUGAAUCAUUCUUGCGAACCAAACCUGUUGAUGAUUCCUGUCCGAAUUGACUCAAUGGUGCCUAAGCUGGCACUUUUUGCAGCCAAAGAUAUUUUGCCAGGAGAAGAACUCUCUUAUGACUAUUCAGGAAGAUUCCUUAAUCAAGUAAGCAGUAAAGAGAAAGAAAGGAUAGACCAUGGACAACUAAGAAAGCCUUGUCACUGUGGUGCCCCAUCAUGUGCCACCUUCCUGCCCUAUGACAGUUCACUAUACUGCUCCUCAGAAAAACCAGACACCAGUUAAGAACUAGUUAAGACGCCUGUCAGCCAGCGUCUCUGAAAACUGAAACCAGAGAGAAUCAAGCAAGCAUUAAGUGAUUUAUCUACGUCCUGGUUUCUCUCCCGAAAAUGACCUACCCUCAAGGGAAGUGUACCUUGUAGUCAGCAGCUUGUGUAUUCCUGUAAGAAAGACUAGGGGUUGCCCAGCCUUGCCUCUACCAGGCUGCCUAAAUCUGACCCAAGAAUACAGCCUAGACUAUAAAUGUCCAGCUGCACCCUUUCUCCAGAAUACUUGCUUUUAUAGUUAGUUGUGGGUAAAUGGCUAUGUUCAAAUUGGCAGGAUACAAGCAGAAAUGAUGAAUGUUUGGGUAUCAUCUCGUAUUUCUCCUUGGAACCCAGAAUUUAUACUUGAUGGCUGGAGUUGGGAAAGGGUCAUGCACAGCAAAUAAAUAAGAUAUGUGGUGCUGUAAAAGAUGCUGCUAGUCCUGACCUGUUGCCUCUGUACUUGUAAGUGGGAAGCUUACAACAUUAAGCCACUGUCUCCUUGUAUUUGAGCAAACCUUACGAUUCAAAAAGACCUCAGCCUUCACAGCUAGUUUUAUCAGUAAUAAAGCUGUUUGUUUUUUUUC